AUGUCGGCUCUUUUCCGGAUACCCUCAGUGAAAAGGGGUUCGGCUACCGCACUAGCAGAAUUGGCAGACGAAUUCAAUCGUCAUGUGGGGAUCCUCGACAAACUUGAGCCCCCAAACGCCCAUUGGAAUUCAUUUCUAGUAGAACGUUUGAGCAGUUUACUGGACGAGAAAUCCUUGCUGGAGUGGGAGACGCAAUGUGGGGAGGAUGAAGUUUCGCCAUAUGUUCAUCAGCUGGAGUUCAUUCACAAAAGAUCUCGUACGUUACAAAAAUGUACUGCGUCUUGCAGUGCCCCUGCAAAUGUUCCAGUGAAAUCAGUCAAACUCAAACCUUCCUCUUCCCACGUGGCGUCCGAAAAUGUGUCGAAAUGUCCAAGCUGUAAACUAGCUCAUCCGUUGACUCAGUGUGAUUCGUUUGCCAAAUUGACGCCGAACAACCGACUGGAUUUCGCCAAAAAACAUCGUUUGUGCAUCAAUUGCCUGAAGGGUGGGCAUAUGGCAAAAGAUUGUCGAAGUAGCCUGUGCCGCACCUGUGGAAGGAAACAUCAUAGCAUGCUCCAUUUUCCUCCGUUGACUGCCUGGACUCUCAUAAGAGUUCGGGAUGUACAUGGAGUCUAUCAUUUCGCAAGGGCAUUGUUAGACAGCGGUUCGCAGUCGAGUUUUGUCUCGGAGUCUUUGUGCCAGAAACUUGGUCUCAAACGCACACGUAUCAACUUACCAGUUAGUGGCAUAGGUCAAGCAACAGUGAAUGUUCACUUCUCGGUCAACUUAUCUUUUGCCUCUCGUUUCGAAGAAGUCGAACGCCAGCUUGAUUGUUUGGUAUUACCCAAACUAACUGUGAGCCUCCCUAGUCGGAGUGUAGACAUAUCUCGGUGGAACAUUCCACGGAACCUACCACUGGCCGAUCCGAGAUUCAAUAUCAGUCAAGGAGUCGAUCUCAUCAUCGGCGCUGAACUAUUUUAUGAUCUCCUCGAAUCACAACAAAUCACUCUAGCUAACAACCAUCCUAUUUUGCAGAAAACGGUCUUAGGGUACGUCGUCUCUGGAAAAAUUGCCAUCCAAGCGUUCGGGACGGUGGCAUGUCACGCCACUAUUGACCAACAACUUAACUCCCAGCUGGAGAAAAUGUGGGAGGUGGAAGAUUUUGAUGUCGGGAAGGCGUUUACCCAGGACGAACAAUACGUCGAGGACCAUUUCAAUCGCACCACCUCGCGAGAUGAAAGUGGUCGUUAUGUUGUGCGCCUACCAUUGAAGGAACCGCUACUACCACUGUUAGGAGAUUCCUAUAAGGCGGCUCUAAACCGAUUUUCGAUGAUGGAAAGACGCUUCGCAAAAGACGAGGAGCUGCGAAAGGAGUAUACUAAGUUCAUGGAGGACUACAUACGGCUGGGGCAUAUGGAAGAAUGUUCUCGCGUCGCGGGCCCGCAGUUUUUUCUACCACACCACGCUAUACGUCGACCAGACCAUACCACGACCCAAAUCAGAGUCGUCUUCGAUGGCAGCAGCAAGUCUCAAGGCCAACUGUCGCUUAAUGAAGUGCUCUUCACCGGACCCACGGUGCAGCCAGCAUUACUUGUCGUGGUGGUAAACUUCCGGAUGCCGAAAUUUGUGUUCAAUGCCGACACAGAAAAAAUGUUCCGGCAAGUUUGGACACAUUCUGACGACAGGAAAUACUUGAAGGUCCUUUGGCGUACGGACCCCUCGCUGCCCUUGAGAAUCUAUCAACUAAAGACCGUAACGUACGGGCUUGCCAGCUCCCCCUACCAAGCAGCCCGUGUACUAAACAAACUUGCGGAGGACGACGGUAACAAUUAUCCGCUUGCUGCACCGAUCGUCACAAAGCGAUUCUACGUCGAUGACGUGCUUGCCGGAGGAGACAAUCUGGAGGAGAUUGCCGAAGCUUGUCGGCAGCUGCAGCAACUUCUAGCACGAGGAGGUUUCACGCUAAGGAAAUGGAGCGCAAACGAUGCAAAGGUGCUGCAGCAUAUACCUUGCGAACUCUGGGGGACAUCUACUCAGACAGAGAUUGGUCGAAAUACGGUAACAAAGGCACUCGGGCUAUUGUGGAACCCAGCCACUGAUCAAUUUGGAUUUCAGGUUCCCAUGCUUAAGGAUAUAGACGUCGUCACCAAGCGCAUAGUGGUCUCAGAGAUGUCACAGCUCUUUGAUCUGCUGGGGCUUUUGGGACCUGUGAUAAUCAGUGCCAGGAUAUUCGUUCAGGGACUUUUGGCGAACUUGGGUGUGACUUGGGACGAAGAGCUGCCUGAAACAGAAAGUUGCUGGUGGAAACGAUAUCGAGGUGAACUGGUCCAGUUGAAAGAAAUAACCGUACAACGAUCGGCACUUUCAAAUUGUCGUCGUGAAUACCAGCUUCAUUGCUUUUGCGAUGCGUCAUCAAAGGGCUAUGGCUGCUGCGUUUUUGUCGUUGGUCCGAAUGCAGACGGAAUCCUCGAGAGUAAAUUGCUAAUAGCAAAGAGUCGUGUAGCACCUCUUCGUGGGCUUUCCAUACCCCGAUUGGAACUGUGUGCUGCUCUGCUUGGCAGUCAACUGGUGCAUAAUUUGCAAACAAACACGGAUUUUUCGGCCACCGCUAUUUUUUGGUCUGAUAGCAUGGUCGUACUGCAUUGGAUUCACUCCCCGCCAAGCGAAUGGAAAGUUUUUGUAUCAAACCAAGUAGCAGAGAUACAUCGCCUUACGUCUGGAUCCCUAUGGAGAUAUGUUCCGUCCGAAAGCAAUCCAGCAGACCGUACCUCUCGAGGAAUUCAACCUAGCCAAAUACAACACGAUUCCUUAUGGUGGCAGGGGCCGCAGUUCCUUACACAAUCCGCAGAAGCUUGGCCGGAUCGCCCAUCUAGUUCUGCGACAAUCGACAUCGCCGUGCAAGAAAAACGUAGCACCGUCGUCUUAGCAACAGUUACAGUCGACGACUCAAUCUUCGAACGAUAUUCCGAGCUGGGAAGGCUGCAGAAAGUUGUGGCAACCUGCAUCCGUUUUAGCAACAAUUGUCGGAGCGCGAAGGCCAAUAGAUGUUACGGAAUCCUGACACCUACAAAAGUGGAUGGCGCACUAAAAGCGCUGGUACGAUUGGCCCAGGUAACAAACUUUCCUAAAGAAAUUAAAAGCCUCCGUCACAACAAAUUUGAAUUCGACUGCAAGUCCCCCUUGAAAAACUUGAACUUAUUUCUCGAUGGACAGGACCUACUUCGCAUCGAUGGUCGACUGAAGAACACGAAUGGUCCCUUCGAUUCAAAACAUCCGAUAGUGUUACCAUCAAAUCACUCAUUGACCAUAUUAAUCGCCCGGUCCAUUCACCUAAGAACUGCACACUCUGGUCCGAAUUUACUGCUUGCGACAAUUCGACAGCGAUUUUGGCCAUUGCGUGGCCGCAAUUUGGUUCGCAAAGUGGUGCGCAAUUGCGCAACCCACUGA